UGAAAAGUCCGCUCCUUCAGUCUAUAAAUUCGCCUCAUAUUCCACACUCUCGCCCCUACAUCUCUCACUCACUCCCCUCUAUCUUCUCUGGUCUUUCAAGAAGACACACACAAAUAUAGCAUAGCUGCUUCUUUAACAGAUCUACCAUGGAAGGAGGGGUUCAUCCAGGAACAGAUGUCUCCGCUUUCAGGGAGUGCUUCUCAUUAUCAUGGAAAAAUCCUUAUGUUCUCCGUCUUGCCUUCUCCGCUGGAAUCGGUGGCUUUCUCUUUGGUUAUGACACCGGCGUGAUAUCAGGGGCCUUGCUCUAUAUCCGAGAUGACUUCGAGGCUGUGGAUAAGAAGACAGUGUUACAGGAAACUAUUGUAAGCAUGGCAGUUGCUGGAGCAAUUAUUGGCGCGGCAGUAGGAGGGUGGAUGAGCGAUCGGUAUGGCAGAAAAGCCGCAAUUUUAGUUGCUGAUUUUCUAUUUUUCGUUGGAGCUGUAGUCAUGGCUGCUGCUCCAAAUCCGGCAGUCCUUAUCGCUGGCCGUAUUUUUGUUGGGCUAGGUGUUGGAGUUGCCUCCAUGACUGCCCCUCUGUACAUCUCAGAGGCUUCGCCUUUUAGAGUCCGCGGUGCUUUAGUUAGUACAAAUAAUUUCUUGAUCACAGGGGGACAGUUCUUGGCUUAUCUCAUUAACCUGGCUUUUACCAAGGCACCGGGUACUUGGCGCUGGAUGCUUGGUAUUGCCGGACUUCCAGCUUUGCUGCAGUUCAUUUUGAUGCUCUCACUUCCGGAAUCACCUCGCUGGCUUUACCGCAAGGGUAGAGUAGAAGAAUCUGAAGCAUUAUUAAGGAAAAUAUACCCAUCUCAAGAGGUUGAAGCAGAGAUACAAGCUCUCAAGGAAUCAGUAGAAAAUGAACUUAAGGAAACAGGGGAUCUCGAAAAUAUCAGUUUCUUGGCCAAAAUGAAGACUCUUCUCCAGACCAAAACUGUGAGAAGAGGACUAACAGCUGGUGUCGGUCUCCAGGUCUUCCAGCAGUUUGUCGGUAUAAACACAGUCAUGUACUAUAGUCCCACUAUAGUUCAGUUAGCCGGUUUUGCCUCCAACCAAACUGCACUCCUGCUUUCACUCGUGACUUCAGGAUUAAAUGCCCUUGGAUCUAUAGUAAGCAUAUAUUUCAUCGAUAGGACUGGAAGAAAAAAGCUUCUGGUCAUCAGCUUGAUUGGUAUUAUUGUCUCGCUCGGGCUUUUGUCAGCAGUUUUUCAGCAAACUACAACUCAUUCUCCCCAAGUUAGCAAGCUCGAAACUUCUCAUUUUUCACAAUAUACUUGUCCUGAUUACAGUUUGUCAAGCUCUUCCGGUUCCUGGGACUGUAUGAAGUGUUUAAAGGCUUCAUCUCCGGAUUGUGGGUUUUGCGCUUCAUCUAGUAACAAGCUAUUUCCCGGAGCCUGUUUGAUAUCAAAUGAUACUGUGAAAGAUGUGUGCCAUGGCGAAAGCAGAUUAUGGUACACAAGAGGCUGUCCAAGUAAGCUCGGGUGGCUUGCACUUGUUGGCCUGGCCCUCUACAUCAUAUUUUUCUCUCCAGGAAUGGGCACCGCUCCCUGGAUAGUUAACUCUGAAAUAUAUCCGCUAAGGUAUCGAGGACUUUGUGGAGGUAUUGCUGCCACGGCUAAUUGGAUAUCAAAUCUCAUUGUGGCACAAUCCUUCUUAACCUUAACACAGGCUAUUGGAACUUCGUGGACGUUUCUCAUAUUCGGGGUGAUGUCUGUUCUUGCAUUGUUCUUUGUCCUAAUUUAUGUGCCAGAAACUAAGGGUCUCCCGAUCGAAGAGGUGGAAAAGAUGUUGGAGAGCAGAGUUUUGCAGUACAAAUUCUGGGAGAAAGGACAGGGCACAUUGAAGAAGAAAAACAUGGCUGUCUAAGACCAAACUGCUGGAGCCUUGUCUUUUACAUUUAUUUAUCUACAAAUCAUUUCUGCUUGUACAGAUCAAGUGAUGGUUAUUACAAUUAAUCUGGACCAUAAACUAGUCGAGCUGUCUGUUAAGAAACUCAGCUUAUGACGUAGUUUAGUUUGAGUUUAAAGGACAAUUUGUUUGAUAAAAAGUUGAAGUUGAGUGCUUGAUUUGAACUCAACUCAUUUAAGACAUAAUAUGCAUGAAUUUUAGUUACAUUUUA